AUGCUCUGCAUCUACCGGCGCGUCCGCGCCCUAAACGCCCACGCACCACUCCCCGGAGGCGCCCUAGAUCGCAUCCUGUCGCUCGCGGGGCGGGGUCUCCGCGCGGCGCGCGGUAUGGUCGCGUCUACGUGCGCGUGGCAUCAGGUUGCGAAUGUGCCGUUUCAGGUUGUUUGUACGCUUUUGGCGAUUGAUAGUCGGGCGGCGUUGGGGUUGUUGCCGGAUGCGAUGGAGACGUUGAGGGAGGUUUUGGCCGCGUAUGAUACGGCUGUUAUGCGGGAGGCGUAUUCGACGGCUUAUUUGCUUAUUGCGUUGCAUCAGAGGAGGAAAGAGGAUGAUACGAGGGCUUUGGGGGAGGUGUUGAGGGCUAAUGCGGCUGCUGCGGUGCCGGUGUCGGUGUCGGUCCCUGGGCCUGUGCCGGAGGUGCAGAAGGUUGAAGGGGAAGGGCGGAUUGCUGGGAGUGGAUUGGAUGAAGUGCUGGCGACGACGCAGAUGGCCGUGCCGACGCAGGCGAGGGCGCAGGAUGUGUUGGGCCCGGUGUCUGAUGCGGAGCUUUCUUGGUUGGGCGAUUUGAUGAUUGAUAUGCCCAGCUUGCAGAACUUUGAUCUGGACCAGUUUUUAAUGACGGAUGUGCCGUGGCCGCUGCCUGAGAUGGGGAUUUAG